AUGACCAGCCGUAACACCUCAAAGCACGUCCACUUCGACGCAUCAACUGAGAAUUACACAUCUGCCAACAGCCGUGGAAGCGCGACCUACGACCGCAUCUCCAGCCAGUACUGUCCAGGUCGAUACGCGAGUCCAGAAGGUUAUGAGAAGGAAGAUUACAGCUUUUGGGAUCGUGGCAUCGAAAUCGAGGAAGGUCCGGACAUCUACGACAAAGGACGUAGGAUUUUGGACCCGGCCAUCGCACGACUUCGAGCCAGAGAGCGGGCGAUGUGGCUUGAUGAUGUGGUUUACAACGAGGCUCUUGAUAAUAGUAGUCUCGCAGCAGGCAGCAACUGA